CACACACACACACACACACACACACACACACACACACACACACACACACAGAGCUUCCGCUUUAUUCUCAGGCGUGUUGCCGACCCUCCAAACUUGUUUUUUCUUAUCUCCUGUGUGUAAAGCGGUACAGCAUUGAGGCGGAAACUGUGCGUGUGUGUGCGUGCGUGUGCGCGUGUGUUUUUUGCGGGAAGGAGUGGCUCCCGCAACCGUUGCAGUUCUUCACACAGAUGUCAAACUGGCCUCAAAUGGACCGUAGCACGUUUUUGUGAGGACUGAAUCGAUCCCUGGUCGAAGGAGGAUUUUAAAGGAAACCGGGCGGAAACUGUGUGCAGAAGUUUUGGCACACUCAGCGGAUGUCCGCUGCAGAAAUAAAAGUGCUUGGUCAGAAAGACAGAGAGAGAGGAAAGGGGGAAGGAGCUGGAAGGAGGCAGAAAGAGACAGAAAUGAUGUGGCAGACUGGGAGGAGGGCUACGCUUGUGAUGAAAGAGUUGCAGAUGUUUGAUUCCCUUUUUUCCCUCUGCUUGUUGUAAAAGGAGGAGACGCUGAGGAGACGAUGCCGGUUCCCCCACCGCCCCCUCCGCCCCCACCCCCAACCCUGGCUCUGGCCAACACAGAGAAGCCUGCUCUGAACAGGUCUGAGAAGCAGGGCAGGAAUGCGCUAUUGUCCGACAUCAGCAAAGGAACCCGACUCAAAAAGACUGUUACCAAUGACCGGAGUGGACCUGUACUUGAGAAGCCUAAAGGAGGUGGUGGUGGAGGAGGAGGAGGAGCAGGAGGAGGAGGAGCAGGAGGAGGAGGGGGCGGGUUUGGAGGCGGAGCUCCAGGAGGACUUGGAGGACUGUUUCCAGGUGGUAUGCCAAAGCUGCGGUCCACUAGAGAUGACUCUGGUAGCGUUCGAUCCCCUAUCCUUCCUCCUGGAGCCCGUAGUUCUGGUCCACGUCCUUUUGUGGGUGGUGCAAGCUCCACCCCCCGUUUCCCUGGGCAACGUAAUGGCUCUUCUGACUCUCCACGUUUUCGAAUGACUCCUCAACGCUCCGAAACCCCCGGAGGGCCGCCUCCACCUGUUCCUAACACACCACGGCCCAAUCAGGGCAGUGUACAGAAUAGAGGCCCGCCCCCUCUGCCCGGUGGUCUCCGCCCUACAGCUACACCGCCUCUUCCUAACCACGGCGGAAGACAGACGGCACCUCCACCGGUUCCAGGUGGACGCCCCACCUCCAGCCCUGCACCUCCUGUGCCUCAUUUUAACCGCCCUCCUCUUCCCCCAGCUCCUGGUCGAGGGGAUGACCGCCCACCAUCAGUUCCCCCUGUCAACCGCCCAUCCAUGGUCCUCCCACGGGACAGCCCGCCUCCUCCACCUCCUCCAUCUUCCAAUAGCAAGCCGCCUCCACCUUCUUCCUCAUUUCGUGCGUCUGUAAGCUCCGCUCCCCCGUUGCCACCAGGACGACCAAAGCCCAGUGACGACAACACGCCACGUCUUCCUCAGAGACACAUGUCACUCACUUCUCAUGCCCCGUCCCCUCCUACACCUGGGAGGUCAGGCCCACUUCCUCCGCCUCCCUCUGAGAGACCGCCCCCUUUGGGCCGGAAUCCGUCCGGGCGAACAGGUCCACUCCCACCUCCACCGCCUUCUGGGCGACCAGGAAGUGGAAGUAUGAGGCCAUCUGCAGCACCGCCCCCGCCGAACAGAUUAGGGUCAGAGCCUCCUCGUGCCGGCAACAGACCACCCCUCCCUCCAGACCGCCCCAAUUCUGGAGGACCGCCCCCUCCUCCUCCUCCAAUGGGCAACGGGUACCACAGUCAUGAUGCAGAUGAGUGGGAAACACGCUUCAGUUUCCGACCCGUCUCAGAUUUCCCGCCUCCAGAGCCUUACAUCCCGUUUCAGAGAACGUACCCCAGCAAACUGGCCAGGAACGAAGGCAGAGGUUCGGCGAAAAAGGAGCGAGGUGCACCGCCGUUGCCUCCCAUUCCCAGAUGAAGGAAGUGGACUGGACUAUCAGGGACCCCAAGCCUCUUCCUCUGUAUUUUGUUGUUCAUUAUUUUUUUUUUUCAAAAACUUUACUUUUGCAUGUCAGGCACUUUUUUUUUCUCCCUCGGACGUACUAUACUAUAGGUUGUUUACGACAAGGUCACGUUAGUGUCAGCGGUUUCAUUCGAUCGUUCACACGCUACGCCACGUUUGCGGAUGAAAGACCACAUUGCUGGGCCGACGUCUGAUACUCUUCCUGUUUUUCAGUGUCUGGAAAUGUACUCGUAGUUUCACACCACGUAACGAAGGAACGAAUGAUCCGAGAGGUCUGACAACUGCUGCUUUAAAAAUGCCUACAACAAAGCCUUUAUGUACCUAAUAUCCUUCUUUAUUCACCCUCUCAUUGCAUUUACUCUCUAUUCAUACUCACUAUUUCUCUCUUUAUGAAAUGCCCCUCCCACUAAAUUUAUUGAUCAGGAUCAGGGAAGCCCUCGAUAUGUGGUUGAUGGGAGAAAUGGUAAUGUAUCGCCUUAUUAGUUCUCAGUGUAUGUGUGUGUGUGUGUGUGUGUGUGUAUAAGAUUUGUUUAAAAUGUUUAACACAAGCCCUAUCUUGCUAAGUUCUCUUUAUUUUGGUUUCAUUUUGGAUGAAUAAAUAAUAGGAAUAAUGCAGCAUUUCUCCUACCUCAUCUCUCUCUCUCUCGAUCCACCACGUCUGUAGACCACGUGCAGUUAUCACAGUUAAGAAUUCUGUCUCGUUUUCACAUACUGAAAAAAGAAAAUAAAUACUCUUACAAUUUAAGUCUAGGGCCAGACGUUGAAUUCGGUCACUUAACAUUAAAAUACAAUGCCAGCGUAUAACACAACUGUAAUACGACCUUGUUUUAUAUUUCAGAAGCGGCAGAGUGACGCGGACACGGCAGAACGUCUUUGAGUGGCGUUUUAUUUCGAUCAUUUCCUCUAUAAAAGGCUUCACCGAAAGCCUUAACGACGGCGUUUGAGCUUAAUUUAUAAACCUCGUACCACUUCGCUAGAAUAGUUCAUGAACAGCUGCCUUUAAACUUCCAUUAUUCAUUUUUAAAUAACUAUAUACAGUACGUCACGCGCCGAGUGUAGAUCACAGGGAAGCGAUUUGAUAUCGUAAUGAAGGAUGUGCCUUAUUGUUAUCUUUGUGUGUAAGUUUGUAAGGAUAUUUGUCUAGCAGGAACAAAGAAGACCACAGAGUGCCUAAAACCCUUUUUUUUCAACAUUGCUUCGAUUAUUAUUUGCCUUGUGUUCAGUUUUUUGUACAUCCAGUAUUAUAAUGUGUUGUGUUUAAAAAAAGUGCAAUUUUGUUGUAUGCCCAUAUCCAUAAACAAUAUAAUAAUAAAUAAAUAAAUAAAUAAAUAAUAAAUAUAAUAUUAUAAUAAUAAUAAUAAUAAUAAUAAUAAGAGGAAGAAGCAGAAGAAAAGCCCCUUGUGUGUGAAAGUUGCACACAUUGCCAUAAUUUAGCUAAAUCCGAUGAUGGAAAUAAGCUUAUGCGUGUUGUACAUUAGCAUGGUUUAGGCGUCCGAUAUUAAUGCAAAUGUUUACAGGCUAUUUUGAUGAUGCAAGCUUUGAAUAGCAGAAUGAGCUGAAAGAAAGGAGGAGGGAGAACGAGCGUGAGAUGCUUCCUGGGAUUAUGCAAAUGAGAUUAAUCUGAAGAAGUGUAAUGAUGUAUGAUAACGUAUAAUCCUGUAUCUUCUAAUAAUCCUGAAUAGUGUCAGAUCCUGCAGUCUCAUCUGCGAAGAAUCUAUAGGAAUUGUUUAUUUUUGUUUUUAUUGUUUCUUUUUUCUUUUUUCAGUGAAACUUGUAUUUAAGGAAAAGUGCACAAAUGCUUGUCACAAGAAGUUACAUAGCAAAGACCAAAAAUUGAACUGAACCAAUGAUGAUGUCACCAUGUCACUAUGAUGUCACUGUGAUGUCACUAUGAUGUCACUAUGAUCCAGGUAGCGGUACUUAGAGACUGUUUUGGUGUUGUUGUUUUUUUCCUUUUUUUUUCUCCCUUACAUUGUUUUAUAUGUGUCUUUUUGGUUUGUUACAGCUUCUCUGCUUGUGCCUUUUUUUGUGGAACAUGAAAACGUGUUUAAGAGGUUUUCUAAAUAAAUGUUGAAGUGAAACUU